CAACAGCGAGUAUCGCUUAACUGGCGUGUGUUGCAGCGCAUUGGAUUCGUACAGAACGCUGACUUGGCACAUGGUCUGUUGGCCUCCAAAAAGCAUGCAAGACGCGUUAAGUAAUAGCUUGGAGAAACUGCCCGUAGUAUGGGACGUGGAGAUCGAAAUCCUUCUGCCAGGCGGCAUGGUGGGCCGACAAGCAACGCUCAUGUUGGCGAUCCUUCACCCCGACAGCUUGCUGAUGAUGCCGAGAACCUGCAGCAGCAAGGCGAGCGGCGCAAGGGCCUGGAAGCCGCUUCCAAGUUCCAAGCAGCGGCUGCAAAGUACGAAUUGGCGCUGAGCGCUGUGGUUCGUCAGCGGCAGCAGCUAGGGCUCGGGCUCGCGCCAUCUCCCCAAGGUAUCGCUGCUGCCUCAGCCGCAGCGGGCGCUAGCAGGGGAGGUGGCCGAGGCGGCGGUGCGGUGGUGACGCUGGAGGAGGCUGUGGACAUGCGCGCCGCGCUGGCCGAGUGCCACCAGCUGCUUGGGGAGGCGCUCACGCAGGCGGCCGCCGCCGCACCUGACCCGCAGCUGAGCGCCGAGGGGGAGCGGCAGGCCGCCGCAGCCGCUCUGCAGCACCUCACCACCGCAGCAUCCCAUUUCGCAGCAUGCCACCCGGCUGCCGUACUCGUAACGCCCGCACCCCCAGCCGUAACCGCAACCGUUGCCGACAGCGCCGUCGCCGCCCCACUCACCGCCGCCGCUGCAUCGGCUGCCGCCGCCGCCACGGCCGCCGCCGCCGCGCUUUCCCCCGACGUCGGCGUCAAUGCGGGGAACUGUCUGGCGGCGAUUGGCGAGCGACUGGAAGAGGAAGCGUCGCGAGUGGCGGCGGCGGCGGCGGCGACCGGGCCGUCCACUGGGGAUUGGUUGUCGCUGUACGACAGCGCACUCGGGUGCUACCGGGGAUCCGCGGUGUGCUACAGAUCGGCACUGGCGCGGGAGGAGGAUGCGCUGACGCUGGGUAACCUGGGGGAUGUGUUGGUCCAGAGCGGCACCUGCCUCUACGCGGUGGCGCGGGCGGUGAGGGACGCGCCGCAACCCGCUGACGUGGCAGCAGCCAUCACCGCCGCUGCUGCUGCUGCUGGUCCCGCUGCUGCAGCUGCCCCAUCCCCGGCCGAGUGGUGCGCAGCUCGAGAGGCGGAGGCGGGCGGGGAGUUCUCGGGCGCACUGGCGGCGUACGAGGCGGCGUGUGCGCUGAGUGACUCGGAGCAGGGUGACGACCUGCCCGGGCUGCUGUGCAACUGGGGGGCCGGCCUGCUGAGCAUGGCGGGCUGCCUGCAGGACCCCGCCGCCCGGCUGCCGCUGCUAGAGGCCGCAGCCAGCCGCCUCAACCACGCAGCCUCAUUCGACCGGGGCGACCCGCAACCGCUGUGCAGCCUGGGAGAUGUGCGAGCCGCGGCGGGGGAGGCGGCGGAGGCGCUGGCGACUGCGGCGACCCAUGGGUCAUCGCCAUCCGAAGCCAUGAUGACGGAUGGCGACAGCGGUACGACAGCGAGUACGACACCAGGGUCGAGUGCUGCCGUACAGCACUGGCGGCGGGUGGCUGAGGAGCACCUGCGUGCGGCGCUGGAGGAGGGUUACGGAGCGGCGUUGAGACUUCGGAGGGACGAAGCGGAGGCGCUGGUGGGUACCGGGGGCAAGGACCGGUAACCGUUAUUUCUUAAUCGCUAGUUUGCGGUGUUGAUUGUGCUUCCCUCUGCCUUCCCUGCUCCAACCCCGUCACGCCCCACAACCCUCGAGCUCGUCUGCUUGCUUGCCAGCCUCGCUCAACACAUAGGGUAUCCUUCUUUCUUUCACCCCACCACAACCCUCACCCUCUCGUCGCCGCCCUGCCAGGUGGGGUGUGGGGAGGUGCACCUGACCCUCGCCCGGCUCGCUACCAAGUUCCCGCAACCCGCUGCUGCUGCUGCACCUACUGCCGCCGUCGCCCCCACCGCGAACGGCACUGCUGCUGCUACUGCCACCCAAGGCGAUUCCGCCACUGCCGCCGCCGCUACAGCAGCAGCCGUACAACAGCAGCAGCAGCACGCGGGGGCCGCUGUGUCGUAC